CGCGUAAAUAUCGCGCCAAAUCAGUUGAUCAUGGCGUCAGGGGAUAUGAAUAAUACAUACGUACUUGUUUAACGCAGUAUAUUCUUGUAUGAAAAGUUUGUAACUGUCUUGUUUUCAAUGAAUCGAGAAGGUCUUAAAUAUCGUAUUUAACAUUUGAUCAACUAAUUUUGCAUCUAAAUUUAAUCAACUUAUUUUCAUAAGCAGAAAUGGAUCAAGAUAGUUAUUCAGUGACGUGUUCCGUUACAAUCGAAAAGACUAACUCACAAGGUUCGAUUUUGAGGAAAACAAAUCAUCGAACAGUAACUUUACGUUUAAUCAGAAAUAAUCUUCGUGAAAUUUUUAUCGAAGUGCGUGCAGAAAAAGGAAGUUUACUGACGAAGUUAUCGCUGAAAUCUAUAUCUGUUUUCAAUAAGUUUAUGACUGAAGGUAAAGCUUCUAUCAAGUUUAAAGAAGAAAAUUGUACAUUGUUUUUAUCCAACGCACCGACAUCGCAGUUAAUUAAUUUUUUGAAAACAUUAUAUAUUAAAGUGUCAAAUCAGUCGGAUCAAGUAGUAAAAAAUCCAUUAAAGGAGAGACUACUUUCUAAUAAGUUCCUAGAAAUUAGUCCUGUUACAAGUACUGAAAUAAAUAAAGCUAAAGAAAAGACUAUCGCUGUAUCGCGUGCAACGAUUACGACACCAUCCCCUAGCGCUGCUAAAAAAAGAAAACGGUCGGAUGAAAGUGCACUGAAAUCGUUUACUGCGAAAAAACUGUACGAUAAUCCAACUGUAGGACAGGUUACGGAAGAACAAAGUAAAAUUUUAAAUGCGGUACUUAGUGGUAAAAAUGUGUUUUUUACUGGCAGCGCAGGUACUGGAAAGUCGUUUUUAUUGAAAAAAAUAAUAGCAGCUCUUCCACCUGAUGUCACGAUGGCUACAGCGAGCACAGGAGUAGCGGCAUGUCACAUAGGUGGAAUAACUUUGCAUCAAUUCGCAGGAAUCGGACUAGGAACCGCGAAUUUAGAUAGAUGCUUUCAAAUGGCUUCUCGCAAUUCUGCUGCUAUUUCAUGGAGAAAAACAAAACAUCUGAUUAUAGAUGAAAUUUCUAUGGUAGAUGGAGACUAUUUUGAUAAGAUUGAAGCUGUAGCUAGACAUAUUCGUAGAAACGAAAGACCAUUUGGUGGAAUACAAUUGAUAUUGUGCGGGGAUUUUUUUCAAUUACCACCAGUUUCAAAAGAAAACAAAGCUAAGUUUUGUUUUCAAAGUAGCGCAUGGAAAAAAUGUGUACAUUUUAAUUAUGAAUUACAAACUGUUCAUAGACAAACGGAUCCUGAAUUUAUUAGGAUUUUAAAUAAUAUUAGGAUAGGUAGAGUGACGGAUGACACUGCAGAAAAACUUAAAGCAACAGCUAAACAGAAGAUAGAAAGUAAUGGCAUUUUAGCAACCAGACUUUGUUCUCAUGUUAAUGAAGCUGAAGAAAUUAAUCAAUUUCAACUGGAUGAGUUAAAAGAUGAAUCAAAAACUUAUAUGGCCCAAGACUCUGAUUCAGCAAUGACUGCUACAUUGAAUCAGCAGUUGGCUGUUCCUGAUAAAUUAGUAUUAAAAAUAGGUGCUCAAGUAAUGCUGUUAAAAAAUAUAAAUGUUGCUAAUGGUUUAGUGAAUGGUGCAAGGGGGGUAGUUAUUAAAUUUGUAGAGAAUAUACCUGUAGUCCAGUUUAAAUCUGGUAUUCAAUAUCAUGCAAAGCUAGAAAAAUGGAAUUUGAAAACAAGUACUGGGAGUAUUGUUCAUAGGAUACAAGUUCCAUUAAAAUUAGCAUGGGCUUUUUCCAUUCAUAAAAGUCAAGGUUUAACUUUAGAUUGUGUUGAAAUGUGUCUUGCAAGAGUCUUUGAUGCUGGCCAGUCAUAUGUAGCCCUUUCAAGGGCACAAAGUUUGCAAUCUUUAAGAGUAUUAGAUUUUAAUAAACAACAAGUAUGGGCUCAUUCAGAUGUUCUUUUGUUUUAUAAAAAAUUUAGGAGAAAUAUACAAGAGAUGGAAAUGAUUCCUUUGGGAAAGAAGCAAAAGAUAUGAUUCAGUUAUUUAAGAUAUCCAAACAAUUAGAAGAGUGUUAUAUUUUGCUUCUGAUGGUAAAUACAGUACACAUAAUUAGAUGAUAAAAUUGUAAACAGAGACUUUACCAAAUCCACGUA